AUGGAUUGGGACGAAUUGCAAUUGGAGGAGAACAUGAGGAGGAGCCACUCCCUUCCCCAUGACGUGGUGUUGGAUAUCCUCUUGCGGCUUCCGGUGAAAAGUCUGAAGAGAUUUAAGUGUGUAUGCAAAUCGUGGUGCUCUAAUUUCGAAGAAACUGAUUUUAUAAGAAAGCACCACCUCAGCAACGCCGCUAGAGGUACAAAUCUUUGUACCCUUGUUAAGAGUGUUCCUAUCUUCGAUGAUCGAUUUGGUACUAAUGUCAUUUUAUCUCCUGGAGAAACAUGGCAGCCUCGUAUUGUUGUUAAUUUUUCCCUAUUGUCUAAUGAAACUAUACGAGUAAGAGAAACAAUCAAUAUACCAUCUGUAGAUUUUCCGGCUUGUAUGUCGAUGGUCGAUGAAUGUGAAGGCUUGAUUCUUUUGCGUGGUUGUUGUGCAUACGAUAAUCCUGACCCGGUUUUGCUUUUGAAUCCUGCAACACAAGAACUCAAAACCCUCCCUCAGUCGUCUGUUGAGCAUCCUCUCAACAAGGAGAUUUCCGGUUAUUGCGGGUUUGGGUUAUGA